CGGCGCCUCUUAUACCUUUACUCCGGUCUGCGCGUUCUUCAGGGAACGUACGUGCCCGUUUCACGUUCCACUCGAGAGAGCGCGAUACAUAUACCCCCCUCUUUUAUAGAGGUACGUACACACAAACGGACCAGCAAACGGACGUUGUCGACCCAAUUGUCGAUGGUGCAUCGCGAUACCUUGAAAGUAGCCGAGUCGAGCUAAGGGCUCGUUUCGCCAAUAGUCGUCGCAGAGUUUUCGCGAGAUCGUUCUCCACUCGUUCGUACGAUCGUUUACUCCGAUAUACGAUCGACAGUUCGGACAGACAGUGAUAUGGCACAGCUGAUCAGCGUCAAGCUGUCCAGAUUCGACGGAUCCCCCUGGGGCUUCCGUCUGCAAGGCGGCAAGGAUUUCGGCACGCCGCUCAUCGUACAAAAGGUUAAUAGCGGUUCUCCGGCAGAAGCUGCCGGUCUUAAAGCUGGCGAUGCGGUUAUCAAAGUCAACACCACCGACAUGUAUAAUUUGAGGCACAAAGACGCGCAAGAUGUCAUAGUCAAGGCUGGAAAUAAUUUCGAAAUAACUGUCCAAAGAGGCGGUAGUACCUGGAAACCGCAUGUGACGCCCGCAACCGCAAGCCUGCCAUCUCCGAUGCACACCGCAUCCGCGGCUAACAUCGCGCCGGUCACAAAGACCUCUUUGGCAGCGAAAAAACAGGAUGGACCCCUCAUCGGCAGCGGACACAACUUCAGUCCCAAGCCAUUCCUGAACGGCACCGGCGACGGUCCAAUUAAGUCUAUCGUGAACAAACAGUACAACAGCCCCGUGGGGAUCUACAGUGAGGAAACCAUUGCGGAGACACUGUCCGCUCAAGCGGAGGUCCUUGCCGGUGGUGUCCUUGGAGUGAAUUUCAAAAAGAACGAAAAGAACUACAAUGCUGAGAACAGCGAGGUUUUCAAAAUGGUACAAGAAGCGGACAAGGAACCAAAGACGCCAGAACCUGUUCCUUCAAGAACAGAGUUUUACUCCUCGGUGAGCCACGCGGUUGGCGGGAGGGCUACUUCACCGAGGUCACCUACGCCUCUGUUUCAUGCUAUGGGCGGUAGUGGUGGCGCACCUGCCGAUAGCAGGCACUUUGUAUGGAUGGACGAAUCCGGGAGGAAUCGAGAAGCACAACCGCAAAAGCAGGAAUCCGCCGGCUCGGGGUCGUCGACGCCGGGCGGGGUUGUUUGUAGCAACUGCGACCGAGUGAUCGUAGGUGUCUUCGUCAGAAUCAAGGAGAAAAACCUUCAUGUGGAAUGUUUCAAGUGCUCGACCUGUGGCACGUCCCUGAAGAAUGUCGGUUAUUACAAUAUCAACAAUAAAUUAUACUGCGAUAUUCACGCGAAACUCGUCGCCAGGCAAAAUGCUCCGGCCGGUCUUACGCCCAUCACUAUACCACCAGGUGGCAAAGCACCAGCUAGCACCAUCAGUGCGGCAUUGGCGAAUGCACCUUUAUCGCCACCCCUCAGCAAUCAUGGAUCGUCGCCUCAGCCAUUCUCCGCGUGCAAUCGUACGAGCCCCGAUUCCGGAUCCCAUCAUACAUGGCGAUCGACUUCAAAUGGAACGAACGGAUGCAUCAGGAAUGGCGAGUGCAACGGCGAAUCCAAAACGUUCACGAGCACGAUCACCAUCCAAACAGGUGGCACAGAGUCCACCACCCGCCUUGGCUCCUCGCCCGUCGAUCCACCGAGCUUACGAUCAGUUCAGAUACCAACGAGCAAUAAUCUCAUUGGUCCUAAACCCUUUGGUGGAUCGAGUGGCUUUUCAUCAAAUUUGUCUUCGGCUCCGACAUUAAAUUCCGGAAGCAGUACCUUGCCACGUCCUCAAAGCCAAACUGUGACAGAAACUUCCAACAGCGAGACUUAUGAAAGAUCCUGUUAUUACGAGACCGUGGAAAGUACGAGAGAUCAAUCCUCCCGUUCUAAUUCCGUAAAAGCACGUCGGAGUCUCGUUUGGCCACCUCCAAAACCUAUCGAGGAUAUCACAUAUCCCACUGCCAGUCCUUUAUAUAUUAAUCCAAAUCCCGUUGAUAAAAGGUGUUACCAGAUUAAAGAGAAGCGUGCCAGCAUUGAGGCUUGCGAGCGUGCUUUGAGUCGUAGAACCGAGAGAUAUCGAAGUGAAAGCAUAGAUCGGGAAGUAGAAAAAGUGUUGACAAAUAGCGGUCUUCGACACGAAAUUGACGCGAUGGACCGGGUGAGUUGUCCUGGACAACCGGUAUAUCGACGUGUCGAGCUGGUGGACACCAGCAGUAGAACUUCCCGAUCAGAUAUGACAACUUCGAGACCAAGUUCGACCGACAGUGUUCGAAGAUCAUUGACGCCUACCAGAAUCGUUCAACCGAUUCCAAAACCAUGGACCGCGACUGUCAGCGGCGGAGGCACGAAUCUCUACGAACAGAGUUAUGCGACACAGCAGCAACAGCCUGCAGGACAGAUUUACAAGAAAUUCAUGCAGCGGGAAGUUUGUCAUCGAGAACGUACAGGCGGCAGGGAACAUCGAGAGGAACGAGCUUACAGAGCGGAGAUCUGUCGAAAGGAGCAAACAAUCUGCCCGAAACCGCCCUUACCUAUACCUAAACAGGAACAACCCGCAGAGGUGGUCAAAGAAAUCGACACUGAAGUUACCAAUCUGAGAAGUGACGAGACGGAUGAAGCGGAAAUUUCGAAAGGUAUUCAAGGUGAACAUGAUCUCAUCACCGAGACAACUGAAGAGACGAUGGAUGGUAUGCACACGAAGCAAUCAGCGACUUUCGAAAAGACUGUGGAACGAGUGUCAUCACCGAUGGAGAGAUCUAGCACGCCGAAGAUAGAGGAGGAGGAAGACAAAAUAGAAUCUGAAUGUUUUGUAAGAAGAACCGAGAAACAUAUCAACCGAGAAGUGGAGGACACGAUGGAACGAACUGUGGAGAAGUCAGCCGAGACGGUUACGUCGGCCAUCGACGCCCAGCAAAUGUUGGAAAAGGCAAAACAAGAGGAAGAGGAAAGAAAGAAAGAAGAAGAAGAGGAAGAACGAAGAAAGGAAGAAGAAGAGAGGAAGAAGCGUGAGGAAGAAGAACGUAAACAUCAACAAGAAGAAGAAGAACGGAGGAAACGAGAAGAGGAGGAGAAAGCGAAGAAACAUGUGACUUUCAAUGAAGAAGAUGAAGAAGUCGAAGAAAUACGAGAGCAACCAUUAGGAAGAACUGUUGUGCGAGAAGAACGUAUCACGGAAUCGGAAGGAUCCACUCCUGGACGUUCCAAAAUCACAAAAGAAACAUACGAAGAAAUUACCGAAGAAGUGUUAGUCCAUGAACGCGUAAAAAGAAAAGCGGCUAUAGAAGACGAACGUAGAAAGAGCUUGCGUGAGCAAGUAGAAGUUCACCAAAGUCUUCGGGACCAACAGGCGCCAGAGAAACGAAAUGUUGUCGCGAGAUAUGGACAGCAGUCUCAGGAAACCAUGGAGACAUGUAAGAAGAAGGUACAGUUCUUGAAAGAAACGGAGACCGGCCCAAAACCUUUAUCGGACACACCUGUAAAAAAUUCUACGCCCAAGGAGUGGAAGUCUGAAAUGGUGAAUGCCUUGACGACUGUAUCCGAUCGACCAUACACGCCGUUGAACGCUACCUCCAGUGUAAAAGAACUUUAUACCGAAGAGACCAUUUAUCUGGACCAUAGAUGUCGGCCCAAGCCACCGCCGCCCAAAGAAGAAAUCCGACCAAUCUCACCUUUUCAGCAAGCAUUAACGAUAGCACCCGAACGACCUUACACUCCUUUAAGUCGUGAAAUUGGGCCAGAGGAUCAACAGAUUGUCAGAUCAGAGACUCCGAAUCUUCAAGUUCAAAACGGCGAUUAUUGUCCGCCGUUAAAUAUUUUAUAUGGCAAAGAAAGUACAAUGAAAGAAUCUUACGCGCGAGAGCAAAUGUAUGUUAAGAAGGAAAUCAAAGAAUCGAGACCACGACCUUUGCCCACUCCGCCGCCUGAUCAUCGUCUGAGAGAUUCUUCCGCGUCACCUGCCGCAAAAUCUCGAGCAAAAAUAUUCAAAUCGUCCAAAUCUUUCACGGCAGGUUUGAAAAAGCCGGACGCUAUACCUGCCUAUCAAAGAAACUUGGUGGCAAUGAAGAAGGGACCUGUAGAAGGUCAGCCGUUUGUUCCUAGCAGAACACCUACUCCAACGCCUGGCAGAUCAAAGUCACCUGCUCAAGGCCCGCCUGAACCACCGGCUUGUUACGUAAAGGCUCAAGCUCCAAGAGUUCGAGAGAAUCCACCACCAUCCAAACGCGGAUCGGUGCAUUUUCCUUCACGCAAGACAAUCUCCUACCACGUGGAGGAAGAUACCGAUAGCGGUCACAGAAAACAAGAAUACUCUGCUUCGAGGAUUGUCAAUUAUGAUGAGAAAGAAACUAGUCUCGAUGUGGAUCCGACGGACGCACUUUAUGCCCAAUUUCAAGAAACACGGAGUAUGACAAGUGAGGAGACCAGCGAGCAGCAGAAUACGGCGACUCACGUGAAAAAAGCGCUUCAAGUAUUCGAAGACUAUGAGAAAUGUGAGCGGAAAGAGAUACCACCGCCAACACCACCACAAAGUCCGAAACCAAGUAUCUGUGCUAUUAAUAAAGCAAGCAACACGAAGCCUACUUUAUCAUGUCCUAUGACAUCAUCUGUGCCGGCCAGACAGCCAACUUACUGCAGUUCUACCGAAGUGCGUCACGUGCGAUAUGAGACUCCUUCACCGCGACCUUGUCCGGAAACAGGGGUAACCGUUCUACCCUGCAAAGCGCAUUCCGAUCAGGGUGUCAAGGCUGGCGUUGUCGUGGUGCCCUGCGAUGGCCAGAUUACGUGUCCUAAAUCUGGAAUCUGCGUAACAGCCACAAAAGAUCGAUCGGGUGUGUGCGUGUCACCUUCAUUCGGGAUGCGACCCGGCACCUGCGGUCAACCGUCAGGCACCUGCGGUCGCGAAUUCGGCUGCGGCUUCAAUAUCUCGAACUGUCAAGAUUCUGACAUUUGUGUGGCCCCGUGCGUCGACGGUUCCGUCUGUGUGGCACCUUGCAAAAAAUCCGGUCCAAAUCAGUCUAAAGCAAAUCUUCCCUUUCCUCAAAUCCCACUUCCUUACGACGAAAUUCCCCCGCCAACUCCUCAACCUCCUAAGCCUCGCACUAAUCUGAGCGGCCAGCUUGCGCGAUUGACCGCCAAAAACGGCCAAUCAAAUGUGCCUGUAAUACAACUUUACAAGCCGAUCCAAGUUCAGACCCAAGUUCAGACUCCUCAGACCCAGAGUUACACCGAGAACACUUAUUAUCACACCCAGAGCUAUCGCGAAACCCACUGCGAUUCCGGCAAUCAUUGCCAAAGCAUUCAGAAUCACUGUCAGGACCAGAUCCAUUGUGAUCCCCCUAGUAAGAUCCAGAGUUUAGUAGACCCAAAUUUGUCGUCCUACCCGGAUUUAGGUAGCGGAAUCGGUGGCCUCAGCAGCGCUGGUUCUAAGAGCGGAUCGUUCGCUGGUAGCAGCGCACCUAAACGUGGACGGGGUAUCCUGAAUCAAGCUGUCGGAGCAGGAUCACGUAUUCCUAUGUGUGCUCAUUGCAACUCAUACGUCAGAGGGCCUUUCAUCACUGCUUUGGGUCAAAUCUGGUGCCCCGAUCACUUCGUCUGUGUUAAUGCCCAAUGUCGUCGUCCUCUUCAAGAUAUCGGCUUUGUCGAGGAAAAAGGACAACUCUAUUGCGAAUACUGUUUCGAAAGAUUCAUUGCGCCUACGUGCAACAAAUGCAACAGCAAAAUCAAAGGGGAUUGCUUAAAUGCGAUUGGAAAACACUUCCACCCUGAAUGUUUCAACUGCGCUUAUUGCGGCAAGCUCUUCGGUAACAGUCCGUUUUUCCUGGAGGAAGGAUUGCCUUACUGCGAAGCUGACUGGAACGAGCUGUUCACCACGAAAUGCUUCGCAUGUGGAUUCCCAGUCGAGGCUGGUGAUCGUUGGGUAGAGGCCCUAAACAACAACUAUCACAGCCAGUGCUUCAAUUGCACGAUGUGUAAGAAGAAUCUUGAAGGUCAAAGCUUCUAUGCGAAAGGCGGUCGUCCUUUCUGCAAAAAUCAUGCACGUUAAAUUAUCUGUUCUCGACCAUCGCGUAAUCGAUGAGACGACAGGAAGGGAAAAUAGGAAGAGUGAAGAAAUGGAGAGAAAAAUCCAACUAAGAGAGAAGCGUACAGCGUUAAUGCACCAAUUACUCUAUCGCGAUUACUUUUUUUUUCUGUAUCUUCGACGAAGAACAUUUCACUAACUCUUUUGUCAAAUCCGCAAGCGAUCCUUUGUAUAGCUAUGAAAAUAUGGAUCAAUUAGGGUGAUUUUGACAAAGAAACAUCUCUUUGAGUCUUUGAUAAUAAAUUAUAAUAUUAUGAAAAGAGAGAGAGUGAUAGUUAGAUAUAUUAUAAAAUGAUAUAAAAAAAUAAAAAUAAAAUUUUGAAGAGUGAUGACUCUUAAUGAUAUUAAAUAACAUGAUAUUAUAUGUUUUUCCAGCGUCACCAAUCACCCUGAUUAAUUCUAUGCAAUAUUUUCACAAGGUGUUAUCGUGCAUGUCCGACUAUAAGAAAAAGAGAAAAUUAUUAAAUAAUAUUUAUUAUCUAGCUUAUUUGAGAAAACUAUCAGCCGCCUCAAAAGAGUUCAACGGAGACACAAAUUUUCAUUUCCAAUUUAUAAAACUUAAUAAUUUAUUAAUCUUUUAUCUAUAAGUACUAAACAUCAAAAGAAGUUACAUUGAUAUAUACUUUCUUUUUAAUUAAAUGUUACUUGGAAAGUGCGUUUGAUGUGUCAUAAAUUUAUAUAUCACAGUUAUAGUUUGCGCUAAAAAUUCAUUUGUGCUCUUUAGAUUAGAAUUAAAUGAUCAGAACGCAGUUUUAUUUUCGAUUUUUCGAUGAUUCCGUUUUUGCGAAUAUUGAGCCAUCAUCGAUCAUAUCGAUUUUGUGCAUCGACGUCAAUGUCGACUGCAAACGAGUGGCGCAAUUAAUUACGUCAGGGGCGUUUGGUGACGUAUCCUUGCACUUUGCGAUUCCCGUUUAAUAAUAGAAGAUCUAAUCGCGAUCUUAGCGGGGCAAACGGAAUACCUCGUAAAAUCGUUCGCGGCAAGAAAUAUUGGAGACGAUACAACACACAACAAACGAGCCGCUAGCGGAGUCGUCUCGAUCGCAGAUCACGCAAAGGUCACCCGAGCAAUUAGUAUUACGUGGGUUAUCGCAUUAAUUUCGUAUUUCCAAGGGAUGCAGCGAACGAUAGCAAAUGUCUCGAGUGGCAAAUAGCGUUUCUGCACUCGAUGAUCAACGACGGUGGCGUAUCGUGACGAGAGAAAGAAAGAGAGAAAGGCAGCGUGAUCGAGGAAGAAUAGAUGAAUGAUUGCGAAAGUCAGAUUGAAAGUAUAGAAUAACGAGUAAAUGAGUUGAACAAACGUAAAGAUGAAAAUGAUCAUGAUAGUUUCUGAACAAUCAAAAUUGCAUGCGAAUGCAAACGCAUUAGAUUUUUAA